UAAUUUUAAAAAUAUACGGCAAAAAUCGUUACGCUCCCUAACUGAAACAAAAUAGCUUCCCUUCUCCUCCUCCUGUUCAUUUUCUUCUUCUCUUUCACCGCUUGCUUCCUCGUCUCAUUCGCUCGCUCUGCGGAUAGGAUUUCUGAGUCUCAAUCAACCGCUAGGGUAGCGGCACCGCCUGGUCCAAUGGCCACCAUGGAGGGCUUAAUUGGCCUCGUCAACCGAAUUCAGAGAGCUUGUACGACUCUCGGCGACUACGGAGGUGACUCUGCUUUGCCGACGCUAUGGGAGGCGCUUCCCUCUGUAGUCGUCGUCGGUGGACAGAGCUCUGGAAAGUCUUCGGUACUAGAAAGCAUUGUCGGCCGCGAUUUUCUGCCCAGGGGAUCAGGGAUUGUGACGCGAAGGCCCCUAGUCUUGCAGCUGCACAAAAUAGAAGAGGGGCUGCAGGAGUAUGCAGAAUUCCUUCACUUGCCGAAGAAAAAAAUCACAGAUUUCUCUAUGGUUCGAAAGGAAAUUCAAGGCGAAACUGAUAGAAUGACAGGGAAGUCAAAACAAAUAUCUCCUGUUCCUAUUAAUCUCAGUAUAUACUCCCCGAAUGUUGUCAAUCUGACAUUGAUUGAUCUGCCGGGCUUAACGAAGGUUGCCGUAGAGGGACAGCCAGAAAGUAUUGUUGAAGAUAUUGACAAUUUGGUUCGCUCAUAUGUUGAGAAGCCAAAUUGUAUAAUUCUGGCAAUAACACCAGCCAAUCAGGACAUAGCAACAUCAGAUGCCAUUAAGAUGGCCAGAGAAGUUGAUCCUACAGGUGAAAGAACAUUUGGUGUGUUGACAAAGUUAGAUUUGAUGGACAAAGGAACAAAUGCUUUGGAGGUUCUUGAGGGAAGAUCAUAUCGACUUCAACACCCAUGGGUAGGGAUCGUGAAUCGUUCACAGGCAGAUAUUAAUCAGAAUGUAGAUAUGAUCGCUGCUCGGCAACGGGAGCGAGAAUUUUUCGCGGGCAGUCCUGAUUAUGGGCACUUGGCCAGCAAAAUGGGAUCAGAAUAUCUAGCAAGGCUUCUCUCAAUGCAUUUAGAGUCUCUGAUAAGAGCUCGGAUUCCUGGAAUCUCUUCUUUAAUUAAUAGAAGCAUUGAUGACCUUGAAGCAGAUUUGCGCCACCUGGGCAACCCAGUUGCUGUUGAUGCUGGGGUCCAGUUGUAUACUAUUCUAGAAUUAUGUCGUGCAUUUGACCGCAUAUUCAAGGAGCAUUUAACUGGAGGGCGACCUGGCGGUGACCGAAUUUAUGGAGUUUUUGAUCACCAGCUUCCUGCUGCGCUGAGAAAGCUUCCCUUUGACCGUCAUCUGUCGUUGCAAAAUGUGAGAAGGGUUAUUUCAGAGGCAGACGGCUACCAACCUCAUCUGGUCGCCCCCGAACAAGGUUAUCGACGCCUCAUCGAUAGCGCACUUAAUUAUUUCACAGGUCCAGCUGAAGCUUCGGUGGAUGCUAUUCACUUCAUACUAAAGGAAAUCGUCAGGAGGUCAAUUGCAGAAACGCAGGAGUUGAAGCGCUUUCCAACUCUGCAAGAAGAAAUAGCAGCAGCUGCUGGUGAAGCGUUGGAGAGGUUUCGUGAAGAGGGUAAGAAGACAACCUUGCGACUGGUGGAGAUGGAAUCUUCAUACCUGACGGUUGAUUUCUUCCGGAAACUACCGCAAGAAGUCGACAAGGGAGGGAAUCCAGUUCCCUCCUCUGCCGACCGAUAUGCUGAGGAACACUUCCGCAGGAUAGGUUCAAACGUUUCAUCGUAUGUUGGAAUGGUUUCAGAAACGCUGAGGAACACCAUUCCGAAGGCUGUGGUUCAUUGUCAAGUGCGGGAGGCUCAACGAUCUUUACUUGAUCACUUCUAUACCAAACUGGGCAAAAAGGAGGGAAGGCAACUGGCGGAGCUGUUGGAUGAAGAUCCUGCACUGAUGGAAAGGAGGCAACAAUGCGCCAAGAGGCUUGAAUUAUAUAGGUCUGCUAGAGAUGAGAUUGAUGCAGUUUCAUGGUCCAGAUGAAAUGUGGGGGGUUUUGAAUAUAACAACUCUAAAUUAAGACAUUGUCUGCAUAUAUUUUAUUUAUUUAUUUAUUUUGUUUAUUUUUACCUGUUUUGAGGCUGGUAGGGAACCUGUAAUAUGCAGGCGUUCAAAAUCCUAGGUUCAAGUGAACAAUUUAUGUAAGGCCCAAGAGGAUAUUUGAGCUUUCAGCUUUUUGCAGGUAAUAAACCGAAUGUUUGGU